UCUGUCAUCCUUGCAGAGGCAGUGGGGGGAUGCCCGUGGCGAGAGAAGAACUGGCGAGAAUGCGAAGCGGUAGUCGAGGGUAUAUAUGAAGGCCCAUUUGGGUUCGUCAUAUGCGCGAUCCAAGCAGCUGGCUUGGGCCCGAGUCAAGAUCGGCGCGACAGCUUCAGAAAAACGAAUAUCACAAGGAAUGGACGGGUCCACAGGCGACGGUCCAGGCUGAGGCGGACGAAAGUGCCGAGAAAAUGAUAAAAUGCAAGAGAGGAAGAGCGCGGACUGCAACACUGGUGGAACUUAUCGAAAGUGGGGGAGGUGCAAGGAGGAAGCGUGUGUCGUCGUCGUCGGUUCGUGAGGUCGUUAAAUGCGAAGAUCAGGCUUGUGAAAUUGCGAACAAUGGGCCUAGCUUGGCAAUUGAGUCACCCGAGAGAAUGACAGACGUCAGCUGGAAAUCGAAGUAGAAGAAAAGACGGGGAUUGACACACAGCAAGAAGUUGAAAGAGGUCGCCGCCGACAAGGGCCGGAAGACGGC